CAUUAAACUGGAAAAUGGGAAAUCAGGAAAAGGCGGCGGAGUCGCUGAAAGCAAACUUAGAAGCUGCCCCAGAGCAAGCAAAGAAGUUACCGUAUCCUAAGUCUGUGUUCUUUAUAAUUGGUAAUGAGUUCUGUGAGAGGUUCUCCUACUACGGUAUGAAGACCAUACUCUCCCUCUAUCUCAAGAAGAAACUCCACUUCUCGGAGGACAAGGCUACG